AACCUCCGGUGUCCAAUGGAGCCUGACUGUCUAUAUAAGGACGGGGAUUGUUUCUCCUCUCAGUUUAUAAUAGAUGUGAUUACAAAGCAUGGACAUGACAUGCCAGAGAAAAAUUCACGAAAAAUGGAGAAAUUUGGUACAAAUGCACUAGACUUCCAGGUGUACCAACGAGAUGUGGCAACAGCCGAUCAAUUACCUGAGCUCGAGUUGAGCAACCCUGCUGGCAGGGUCAGAGUGGUUCGUAGCACGCGGCAGCGUCGACAGGCGUCCACGGCGUCACAGGAGUACCUGGACGCACACAAUGACGCACGAUCCAUCGUCAGCCCCACAGCCACAAAUAUGCUGAAAAUGAAAUGGAGUGCUGAACUUGCUACAGUUGCGGAAAACUACGCUAAAAAAUGUAUAUGGGGGCACAAUGCAGCGCGCACCUCAGACACGCAAGCUCUGACGUCACAAUUCAGUUACGUUGGAGAAAAUCUUUAUGUUACUUCUAGAAGUACAGCAAGUCCAACGGCGGCGGUGAAGGCUUGGGACGAUGAGAAGACAGACUACACCUACAGCACUAAGGCCUGCAGCGCCGUAUGCGGACACUACACGCAGGUCGUAUGGGCUAAUUCGGAAUAUGUAGGCUGUGCUGCCCACACGUGUUCAUCAUUUACUGGACUGAGUUCAUCAUUCAAUGGCGGGACCAUUGUCGUCUGCAACUACGGUCCAGGGGGAAACUACAACAAACAAUUUCCAUACUUAACGGGAACUCCCUGUUCAGCUUGUCCGAGUGGAACCACUUGUGCUAAGAAUUUAUGUGACGACGGAAGCGGAAAUUCAAACGUCGUGGAGCCCCAGGUGGACUCCAUCACUCCAACAGAGGGCAGCCUGUGUGGAGAGACACGCCUCCUCAUCAGUGGGCGGGGCUUCUCCCAGGACAACAUCAAUGAGGGCAACCAGGUCCAGCUGGUGUCGGGAUCCACCUCCUACGACUGUCCGGUCAGCAAGGACGGCACCACCGAGGUCAAAGUCAUGUGUUACACUCCACCUGGAAUGAAAGAUGACACAUAUUAUGUCAGACUUACUGUUGACGGGAAAAAGGUGCCAGAAAAUAAACACUGUGGCAGUGCCACCAGCAGCAAAUGUCGAUUUAGGCCACAUUCGGGGAGAACACCUACAAUUACCUCCCUUGACAGUGAAGCAGUGGCCCCCGGUAGUGUUAUUACGAUCAGGGGAAAGAUGUUUACCGAUCGCUUCGACACCAAUGUGGAAGUGAGCUCUAACGGGAGGACAGAGAAAAUCGUGAGGGUGUACGGGGGCCCCAUGUUGUGUCAGCUGAAGAAGGAAAAUGAGAAUGAUGUCUUCUAUGGAAUGGCCCUUAAUAAUGAUGGUACAAGUAAUGAUGGAUACAUGAAAUGUAAACUUGGAGGAUCUUUUGUCGGCAACAACAAUGCAAGCUUUAUCAUUAGUGAUGGAUUUGGAAGAUCUUGUCGCCAAGGAAGCAGCCUCUAUUUGAGUCGUAAUGGACAGAUCUACCAAUACCAGACCUACGCAGAAAUCACAUCUGUCUCACCAAGCACUGGCAGCAUCGAAGGGUGUACCAAGGUCACCGUUACCGGACGCAACUUUGAUGAAACCAAGGCAAAGAGCCAAGUCUUUGUUGGAGGAAGAAAAUGUAAUGUCGAGUCACUGACAUCCACAGAAAUCAUUUGCACAACUUCUGCACAGCCAUCACCUGUGCCAACUACUUUCUCAGGCAACAGAGGUUUGACACUGGAGAUCUGGAAUACCACAACCAAAUCACACUCCAAUUUGGACGAUGUUCUGCUUUUUAACAAUUCCGCCUCGGACUACAUCUUGUCGCACACGGAUAAGACAUACUUCAGUGAAGAAAUGGAUAACUAUGUGUCACGGGCCCGUGGGUACUUCAUUCCACCGUUCUCUGGAAAUUAUUCGUUUAUGGUCAAGGCUGAUGAUGGAGCAAGCCUCUACUUGAGUAACAGUGAAAACCCCAAUGAUAAGACCAAGAUAGCCUUUGUGAAGUCCAACACCAAAUCUUAUAGCAAAUAUCCAGAGCAGAAGUCACAGAGAAUUGACCUCACUGCAAACAAUAAGUAUUACCUGGAAAUUCUUCACCGAGAGAAUUCUGGUGAAGCAUUUGCUAAGGUUGCUGCUCAUCUGUACAACACUAAACUGACCAAUGAGAGCAUUCCAGCAGCCAAGCAGGAGAAUCAGAAAAUCUCUGUCAGCUCCAGCAUUGUUAGAGAGAAGCAGACGAUCACUCUGAGUGGAUUCUCCACCAGAACCAGUGUGGAUGAAGUGCAAGUGGUGGAUCUGACUGAGAACAGUGGAGGAUUUUCUGAUGCCACCUUUAGACUGGGUCUAGAUAAAGUUUACACAACCCUUCUAACAACAUCCACAUCUGAAACUGACAUUGGAAAUGCCCUUUUGCAACUUCCCGUCUUCCAUUCCUCGGAAUCUCUAACAGUGACGGCCGCCCCUAAAGCCAACGGAGCUGGUGAUGUUCCUGAUCUUCAAUACAAGACAUACCCUGGAUCAAAUGGAGAGACACUUGGAAUUUCUGUCACCGAGCAGAAAAAGGGGGAACCCAAUGGAGAGUAUUUUACUUUGAGUAUGGCUGGAGUGACAUCACCUUUGUUGCCUUAUGAUUUAUCUGCUGGUGAUAUGCAAACUGAAUUGACAAAACUUUUUGGAGUCAGAUGUCCAAAGGCCAUUGCCAGUCCAGUAGCUACUAAAGUUCAUCACACGUUUGAAGGGGGCAUUCCAAAGGGACUGGGAGGGACCAGAGUGGGGGAUAAGGAGGCUUUCUGUGGGAAGUACUCAGUGAAGAAUCCUUGGUUCCUCUACAAAGAUGAAGCAACUGGAAUGACCCUAGGGCAGAGUGUCAGAAUGUUGUGUUUUGCCUACAAGGGUUUAGUGAAGAACUUUGUGAGGUUGUACUAUUCGUACACUGACGACCAAAAUGCAGAACAGACUGGAAAAUCCUCGACCUUUUCACACAGCAUGGACCAGACAGCGGACAUUUGGAAGUACACCUGUUUUGAUAUGUAUGGUGCUCUGACUGGAAAUAUCCCGACGGGGACAAACUUUGUGCUGACCAAGGUCCAGGUUUUCCUGGAUGACCCGGAAGUUCUGUUUGAUGAAGUGACGAUUGGGCGACAACAGACUCUGACAGAGGCCGACAUGUCAACAGUAAAUGAACUGAGAAUGUUACCUUCCCUUCCCAAUGACUACAGAAUUGAUGAGGUCAAGGUUACCAAGACAAUCGUCAACAAUGCACCAACGUACGAGGUCACUCUGGUUCCGUUUGACUGUGGCUACAAAUUUCCAAAGUUCCAGUCAGUUAGUGGCCAGGUUGUGGCCGGCGGUGUGGUGUCAGUGGUCAGGACCGAGACAGCCUCCCCCCCAGUUCAGGGUAGCUUCACUGUCAACUUCAAAGGAAAAUCCAGAUCAGGAAUUCCCUAUGAUGUUACUGGGGAAGCCCUCAUAGAGAUGCUGGAAUCUGGAUUCCCAGAGAUGGGGAAGGUAUAUGCUUAUCGUCAUGGAGACUGUGCAGCGUUUGACCUGAGUGUGGCCUUCCUGACAAAUGCCGGCGAUCAGGAGGAGAUGACGCUCACAAGUCAACUGUCCGGUGUGGAUGUCGUUUUAAGCAUCGUCACGGUCAAGGAUGGUGGGAUAACCUUUGACCCCAUUCAGGGUGACAUGUUGCUGACAUACCAUGACAAGCCACAGGUGAUGGCCUAUAUCAAUGACAUUCCCACUAAAUGUAGCGGGGACUGUACCUUUGAAUGGAGCAUGGCCGCCACCAUGACAGUGACCUCUGUGACCCCUACAACAGCCACAGCAGGAAGUGACAUCACCAUCACUGGGACAAAUUUUGACACCGUCUUCUCCAAUCACAAUGUUACAAUUGGUGGCGUAGAGUGUACCCCCAAAUCCUCCACUACCACACAGAUUGUCUGUACUGUGGGCAGUGGGCCUGCAGGGUCAUAUCCAAUAGAAAUUGUGCUUGCUUCCAAAGGUUGUACAUCCAAUGCGAAUGGCCUUGUGUCCUUCACCUACCCGUUCCAACUCACCAGUGUUUCUCCGUUGACAUCUAAUCUCGGAGGAGGAAUUGAUGUCACUCUGACUGGCUAUGGUUUUAGUGAGGAUGACAAUGUCACUAUUGCUGGAUCACCUUGCAAAACAAAGUCUACCACCCCAACACAAAUUGUUUGCACUGCCCCAAAUUCUAACACUGAUACUACAGGAGAUGUGGUGGUAAACAAGGCUGGUGGAGGAACAGAGACCUACAGCAGUCAGUACACCUACAUUAGUUCAGGAAUGGCAGUGGUCUCUUCUGUCAGUCCGUCCACAGUGUCUGUUGGAGGAGGUGAAACAUUGACCAUCAGUGGUUCAAACUUUGACACAUCGAGCACAUUAACCAUUGGAGACACGACUGUAUCCAUCUCCUCCAUCACCACGACAACAGUAACUGCUGUCCUGCCUGCCAUGCAGCCAGGAAAUUAUCCAAUCAAACUCUCUGGAUCUAGUGGAUUAGCCGUUGAUGGUUCCAACAAUAUUCCUUCCCUGGAUAUCAAGUUCCGCAUCACCAACGUGUACCCCCUCAGUGGGUCAGUAAUGGGAGGAACCAGGGUCACGAUUACAGGGGAGGGGUUCUCCACCAACACCACUGGGACGAAGGUCAAGGUCGGUCAGUAUGACUGUGCCAUCGAGUCAGUGAGCACCACUCAGAUCGUCUGUCUUAUCCAGGACACUGCCACCAUCCACAAGGUGGAUAACCAGGGGGUUCAUCCACAGUUCAAGUUGUCUGGCUAUGCCUGGAAUCCAAAGAACCUGGAGAUCUACACAGGAGACAUGGUGGAGUGGAGGUGGUUCUUCGCCUCCUACAUCACAGGAUUCACCCCCAGGGUGGUGCAGGUCAAGGACGAGGUGUCCACAGAAGAGCUGCCUGGGGGGUUCAACAGUGGGGCACCUGCUGCUUCAGGAGUGUUCCGACAUCGCUUCACUGUUGCUGGUAAAUACUGCUACUGGAGUGACUACUGUGACGUCUUCAAGACUACCUUCUUCAGGGGCUGUGUCAACGUUGUAGACAGGCCUUCAUUGUCAUCAGGCGAGGUCUCCCUGACAAUGGGUCAAUUUGUAGCUGAACAUGUGGUCAACUCAGGAGUCUCCAAUCCUGUGGACAACAGUGCUUGCAAAGGUUCCAUUGGGACCAUUUCCAGCUGUUCGGUUCCACCAGCCUCGCCAACAGACAGUACUAAAUUCCAGUUCAGUUUCUCCCGCUGCUCCACCCCUGUCAUCACCUCAAUCAGCCUCCAGAGUGGUUCCUCUCAGGACACCAUCGACAUCGAAGGUGAUGGAUUCAGCACCACCAAGUGUCAGAAUGAGGUCUACUUUGGGGACAACCUCUGUCUGGUCACUGUCGCCACAGCCAAUAAGAUUUCCUGUAACAUUGAUCCAUCAAAUGCUCCAGAGAUAGGAAUCAUGGAGGAGGUCAGAAUGAGGCACAAUAACAUGGGCAAUGCUUUAGUCGAGAUUCAGGGGCAGAAGGCAAGGACUUUCGCUCUUGUUCCUGAGGUGACUGAUAUUCAGCCAGCUCUGGGGUCUGUAAUGGGAGGGAAUGAGAUCCUAAUUGUGGGGACAGGCUUUGCCGAUGACAUCUGGGUGAUGGUGACAAUUGGAGGAUAUCCUUGCCCGGUUUCUGAUGCCACAUACACCACUAUCAAAUGCACGGCCAGGAAUCUCAACUCAGCUGGAGCAAAGGCUCUGGAGGUUUCCAUAACAUCACCAACUGGAAGUUCAGUCAAAGCUAAGUGUGGAGUGGUUUGCCAGUAUGUGUAUGAUCCCAGUGUCACCCCAGAAAUGGACAGCGUGUCUCCAGGAACUGUUGCUGGUGGAUCUGCUACUACCCUGACCAUUGCUGGGUCAAAGUUUGGAAGUGUGCCUUCAGCAGUCUCAGUAACUGUUGGAGACAAGAUCUGCACUGUCUCAUCUGUCACUGAUACUUCUAUUCAGUGCGAUAUUACCUAUCUGCCUGCUGGUUCAAAUGCUGUGGCGGUCCUGAUCGCCGAUGUUGGUCUGUCCCAGGGCACACUGACUGUAACAGGGGAAACCACAAUCACCAGUCUGUCCUCCACCGAGGGUAGUACCAAUGGGGGAUCAGAACUGACCAUUGAAGGGAAUGGCUUCAUUUCUGGCACCACUGUCAGUAUUGAUGGAACAGAUUGUGUGGUUACAGAAGUCAACCUGAAUAAUGUCACCUGCACCACACCAGCUCAUGCCACUGGAGCUGUGAAGGUCACAGUGACCUCUAAUGGACAGAUCUACCCUCAACAAGACUACACCUAUGCCACAGGUAGCACUCCCUCCAUCACUGCUGUCAACCCAGCUCAGGGUUCAGCUGGCACCACAUUGGUUCUUACUGGACAGAACUUUGGUGCCACCAAUGCUGAGAACAAGGUCAGUAUUGGUGGUUCCGAUUGUGUGGUUACCUCAGCAUCGGCCACAGAAGUGAGAUGUACAGCUGGGGUACAAAAUGUUGGUUCUUUUGCUGUGGUGCUGACUGUUGCUAACAAGGGAAAAUCAAACAAUGACCAGAUGUUUGAAUAUCAACUGCUGUUAUCUUCAAUCACCCCUGCUAGUGGAAGUAGUGCUGGUGGUCAGGUGGUUACACUAUCAGGGUCAGGAUUUGAUUCCGGAACCACAGCUACAGUGUGCAGUCAGCCAUGCGUGAAGGUCGUGAAUGCCACCCAGACAGCUGGAAGCUUUGUCUGUAAAACUCCCGCAGCCACAGCCCCAGUAGCUGUCACUUCAGCUUGUGAUGUGUCUGUGACAGAAAAUGGAGUGACAAAAACUCUGACUGGAGGAUACACAUAUGAUGCAUCAAAGACCGCUGACAUCACAGGGGUCAGUCCCGUCCGUGGGGGGACAGGGGGAGGUACCGCCCUCACCAUCACUGGGACAGGCUUUGGCUCUGUAAAGUCUGACGUGACAGUGACAAUAUCGGGCACCGCCUGUGAUGUAAAUACGGUAACAGAUACACAGAUUGUGUGCACCACCAACUCACACUCCAAGUCUGAGAAAGUCAACAUCGAAGUGGAAGUGGCCGGCAAUGGAAUAGCCAAGCAGACUUCUGCAGAGUAUUUCUACGUUGAUGUGUGGUCAUCUCCCUUUACCUGGGGAGGCGGACCUCUUCCAAAGGACGGUGACUUUGUGGUCAUCAGUAAAGGGCAGAACAUUCUGCUGGAUGUAGACUCCCCAAAACUGAAAAUAAUCCUUAUAAGAGGUGGUGGUUUGAUAUUUGAUGAGAAGGAUCUUCAUCUGCAAGCAGAAAACAUCUUGAUCACUGACCAUGGUGUUCUUCAGAUUGGUACAGAGACAGAGCCUUUCCAGCAUCAAGCUGAGAUAACAUUACAUGGUCACCACCGCAGCAAAGAGUUCCCCAUCUACGGAGUCAAGUCCAUCGCAGUGAGGACAGGCAGGCUUGAACUUCACGGCAAGCCUGUAGCCAAGACAUGGUCGACACUAGCAUCCACUGCCACUGCAGGAAGUUCUACCAUUGUCCUUCAAGAUGCCGUUACGUGGAAGGCUGGGGAUCAAGUGAUCAUUGCCACCACCAGUCACCGCCACUCACAGAGAGAGAAUGAGUUCCACACCAUCCAGUCUGUGGCGGCCGACCAGAAAACAGUCACCCUGACAAAGGCCCUGACUUAUGAACACUUGGGAGUGUCGGAGACCUUCGACGGGACUCAGGUCGAGUUCAGGGCAGAGGUUGGAAUGGUGACCAGAAACAUCAAGAUCCAAGGAGCCAGUGAUAAACAGUGGGUUGAGAAGAUUGAGGCCUGUCCUGAUGGAUUUGAUACAGGAGAGUUUGCUACCCAGACAUGUUUUCAAGGCCGCUUUGGUGAGGAGAUGGGCAGCGAUCAGUUUGGAGCCCAGAUGAUGAUUCACUCCCCUGUCCCUAACCAGCUCACUUCUCAUGCCCACAUCGAGUAUGUGGAGCUGUUCCAUGUCGGCCAAGCCUUUAGACUUGGUCGUUAUCCCAUUCACUUCCAUCUGAAUGGAGACAACACUGGGUCCUAUGUCAGGGGCUGUGGAAUCCACGAGACAUUCAACAGAGCAGUAAACAUCCACGGUAGCCACAACAUCCUGGUGGAGGAUAAUGUUGUCUACAAUGUGAUGGGUGGAGCUAUGUUCUUUGAAGAUGGAAUUGAGACUGGUAACACUUUGCAGAGAAACCUUCUGGUGUUUGUACGCGAGAGCUCCAGCUUGCAAAAUGAUGAUGUGACCCCAGCUGCCUUUUGGUCAACCAACCCUAACAACACUGUUCUCAAUAACCAUGCUGCCGGUGGGUCCCACUUUGGAUUUUGGUUCCGGAUGCAUGGUCAUCCAGAUGGACCAUCCUUUGAUCCAAAUAUUUGUCCUCAGCAUGUUCCUGUUGGAGUUUUUAAAGGGAAUGUUGCACACUCUAACGGCUGGUUUGGGCUGUGGGUAUUUCCCACCAUGAAGUCCAGGGUUGGAGGUGGUUGCAGCUCUGGUACUCCUUACCAGUCUGUGUUCGAGAGUCUGACAGCUUGGAACAAUGAGAAGGGAGCUGAAGUGGUCAAUGGCGGAGCUUUCAUCAUGAAAGACUUUGUACUUGUCAACAACAAACUUGCUGGUUAUGAAGGAAAGAAGAUCAUAGAAGGGGAACAGCUCUUCCAGAACACUCUUAUUGUUGGUCAUGCGAACUCUCUCACAAGAGUCGAGCAAGGCUGUACAAGAGGAGGGGUUGUGUUGCCUUAUGGUUAUGGAAUGAAGCUGGAUGGAGUAAGAUUUGUCAAUUUUGAUGAAAGUGGAUGUGCAGCCAUAGGCACAGCUAGAAUCACCGGAACCUGCUCCUUUUUAUGUGGCGGUUUUCUCUAUCACACCCAGAACCUCAAGUUUGUCAAUGCACCGAACAAAGGACGGUAUGACUGGUUGUGGGAAUCUGUCAUCAAAGAUAUAGAUGGCACGCUGGUUGGAGAAACUGGAGACCCUGCUUCAAUUGCAGCCAAUGUCGGUAAAACUGUGAUUUCAACUUCAGACACCCUGCCUCCAAACCCCACCUGUGUCUCUUUCCCCAAAUUUAGCACAAAUGUUGCAGCUAGUGCUUGUGAUCCGAGUGUUAAAUUUCACAGAUUUGCAUUUAAUAACAUAUCUCCCAGCUCCAUCAAGUUCAAAGAUGCUAUCUUUAUCAAUCGGUUUGGAAAUGUGACGAACCCGUACCGUAAGAAGGCCAUCACUCAUCCCCAAGGCUGGAACCUUAAUUUGGUAGAUGGGGAAGAAUAUGAACUUAAAUUUGAAAAUGCUGAGCAUUUGUCAAACAUCAGCUACGAUGGUCGAUUUGAUCUUUUCUCUGAGUCUGGUGGUGUUGCUGACUAUGUGAUUCUGAAACAAAAGUUGGCCCUGAUGCCCGAUCGGUUUAUGAUGGAUGGAAAAACUCACAAGAAUGGGACACAGGCAUCAAUCAACCCAAGCACUGAUUUACAUGGAACUUGGGAGUACGUCUUAGCCGACAAGCAGAUCAAAUACCUUAUUUCUGCAAGAACGUCGAAUACCCCAGUUGGGCGUAAGAAAAGAGCAGCCAAUGCAGCCAGUAAUCUGGUCGUCAAGUUCAACUCCUACAAGUGCUUCUAUGAUGACUGCAAACCCCCUCCUGACCCCAAUACGGUACCCCCAGUAGACAAGCGACCCUCCAAGGCUGAGUUGUGGUCGGACAAGGCGACCUGGAAUGGGACUGAGCCUGGCUGGGGAGGGUACAACAAUGGGUCAUUUGACCUCCCUGUUGAUGGUGACAAUGUCAAGAUCCCAGAAGGUAAAUGGGUGGUGGCUGACACUACUUUGCCUCAGAUGGGUACACUCGUACUCUAUGGGACUCUGGAACUGGACCACAACAAUGGAACCCGAGACUUUGUGAUAAAUUGUACCUACCUUGUCAUCUUCGGUGGACGUUUAAUUGCUGGGUACCCUGCAAAACCUUACCUGUCAAAUCUGCUUAUAUCACUGCAAGGCGACCACAGUACCAACUCAUAUGCAGGAGUUAGUGGGCCACCAAUUGGGUCAAAGGCCAUAGCUGCAUUUGGAGGCUUGGAUCUGCACGGGGCCCCACGAGGGGACAGUUGGACUCAGCUAAAUCAGACAGCCAAUGCUGGGGACACACAGCUGACAGUCCAGUCACCUGUGGACUGGGUUGCUGGGGAUGUCAUCGUCCUUGCCCCUACAAGUUACAGUACUUGGGAGGCUGAAAAACUGACCAUCAGCGCCAUUUCAGCGGAUAAGAUGACUCUCACUUUCACUCCAGCUCUCCAGUUCAAACAUAUUGCCCACACUGAGACGGCUAAUGGAAUGUCAAUCAAGAUGGCUGCAGAGGUGGGGCUAUUGACCAGAAACAUCAAGAUAGAAGGAGGAGCUUAUGCUAAACAAGAAUCCCAGUCAUUCGGAGCAAGAAUUGUUGUAGGUCGUGCUGCAGAGGGAAAGAAUUCAUAUAUUGGCUAUGCCAGAAUUUCCAAUGUGGAGUUUGUGCGCAGCGGUCAGGAGGGUUACAUCGAUCCCUGGGACUCGCGCAGUGCUGUGGCAUUUAUUGACGCCGGUACCGUGUCCGACAUUAAGCCGUCGUACGUCAGGCACUGUGCCUUCCACCACAGUUACGCCCCAUCGGUCACAGCUUACGGAACCAACAACCUGCCCAUCGAAUGGAACGUGAUGGCCGACAAUGUGUGGUUUGCCAUUGAAUCACAUGGCGAUAACACUCAGAUCAGGAACAAUUUCAUAACCAAAACCCAGUGGGAGGGCUCCUAUCAGGACCGACAUGAGACCUUCAAUGUCCGCUACAACGGAGCCAUCAACCUGGCCAAGGCCACUAACCCAGUCCUGGAGUACAACCACGUGGGUGGGUGCGAGAGGGUCGGAUUUGCUGUCCUCGGGGAGAGUUGUAGCUCCCCCGGGAAGUUUGUCGGAAAUGUGGCCCAUAGCUGUUUGUUAGGAGUGGCCAACAUUAUGGAUUCCCUGACAUCUGAUUUGAAAUCGUGUGUUAAGUUUGCCAAUUUCACGGUAUGGAAGAAUUUAGACUACGGACUGUACUAUCAGAAUAGCGCACCCAAUGAGGUUUCAGACAUUUUGGCUGCGGACAAUGGGGUCAACAUUUUCCAGUUUAUUGCUGGUCCUAGUGCCACUGGACAUGCUUAUGCUGACCAGUACUGCACAGUGAAAAACUCCCUCAUAGUCGGAACCUCCGGGGCUUUCGACUGUGCCAUAGACAAAACACCCAAUGACGAUAACAUUGCACUGAGUGGAAACUCCAGGAAACAUUCAGGGAGUACAAGGGUGGGCAUCACCAUGCCAACCUUCUCCUCAGGUGGAAACUCUGCCCCUGGCAAACCAUUUGCAGGAGUCAAAAAAUAUCAGGCCAUCAUGGGAAGAUUCCACAUGGAAGAUGUGACAAUUGCCAAAUAUUCAAAUUUGUGCGGAAAUGGUGGUGACUUUGCAGUUACCCCUAACAAGGGAAAUGACGAUGGAAACCACCCAAUGUACACCAAGAGAGUCACAUUUGUAGAUGUAGCCAAAGAUUACCGAGUCAAAUACUGGCGCUCUAGCAUAGGUAAAAUCAACUCGGCCGACUGUGUAGACAUGGCUUGUGAUGCCAAGGUCAAAUCCCUGCUAGUGGAUCAGGACGGGACUUUCUUGGGAACCCCCGGAUCGGUUAUCCCUCAGUCUGAGCAUGAGUGGAACGGUGAUAAAAGGAUGGGAUUAGGGGACUACAGAAUCCCAAAAGAGAUGCAGACUCGCCUUGAUGGGACUAGGAUCCCAGUGUCUGAGCUGGCUCCCAAUAAAGGCAUCAUAAGGAACAGUAACUGUGUAUAUCACAACACCUGGCAGGCCUAUGAGUGCCCUGACUAUGACUACUUUACACUGACUAUCGAGAGUAUGGACCCUGACACCGAGACCCGCCGUCUCUCACCCGUCGCCAUUCUCGGAGAUGGUUACCUUGACCUGAUUAACGGUCCUCAGGAUCACGGGUGGUGCAGCGGUUACACCUGUAGAAAGAGACUGUCCACAUUCCAGGCCCUUGUGGCAUCAGGGAAGGACUACCUGCUCCAUUACACAAGUACUUCACCUCAGAAUUCAAGAUUCUUCCUGCUGAAUGCUAAAGACACAGACUGCAUUGUUUUAUCUGUCUGGUACUCACAGCCUUGGCGACUAGAUGUGUACCAUGAUAAAGUGUAUGUUAAACCAGAGAAUGUCCGGUUUGUGAAUCCAGGAAACCGGUACAUCAUAGAUCCACCUCCGGUCGGCCAACCAGAUUUCUACAAGCCAAAUGUGACUGGUUGCCAAGACGUUGCAGGGGCUAGUUAUUUUGACCGGGAUUCUGGAAUUCUAACCUUCAACAUCAGAGGGUCUAAACCUAUUGAAAUCAAGACUGUGGAUGUGAUUAUAGUGUCCUUCCAAUUCCCAGCCAUGAAGGAAACAGAUUUUUAUGGAGAAAACAUCGUCAUGAAUAUCGCUGCUUUCUGCAACAUUGAUCCUAGUCGGGUGAGAAUCACCAACAUUGUCAGAGAAACUCCAUCUGUUGGGCGAAGAAAGAAAAGAUCCACCUCCGGAGACAUCACAGGUUUCUCUGUGGAAAUUGGAAAUCCUCCAACUACAGACCUGAACGGUACAUCUGGAGCUGGAGACCUGACCUCGGCAGAACUCGACACAGCUGCAUCCAAGAUCGUCAACGAAAUACAGCUCGGAAACUUCAGUCAAAUUAUUAACGUGAGCCAAGAUACUACAUACUCCAUCGCAGAACCUCCACCGAGCCCAAGCAGCUCCGAGUGGGAGGAAAUCAAGACUGACGACAACCCCUAUACCUCACUGUAUGUUGUUGACGCUAUGGUGUUCAAACCAGCUUUAGUUCCUCAGCAUGAGGGAGUACCUUUUGCCACCCAGCCCAAGAUUCAGAUCGUAGACAAAAAUGGAAACAUUAUCAAGAAGCUGGGAACCAAGGCUAACCCCUGGCAAGUGACAGCUACCAUCAGGAGUGGGACAGGAAACUCAUACGCUGCCUUGGAGGGCAACACCUCUGUCAGUGUUGUGGAUGGAUGGGCCAACUUCACCAACCUUCUCAUUACACACUUCGGACAGAACUACAUUUUGGACUUCAACAUCUCCUACCCAGAUGAGGGAGAAAAUGUCAGCCUGUCCAGUGACCCUUUCACCAUUGUUGGACGUCCCCUGAAGGGAUCAUUGGUCAGCCGAACCACUACUGUGGUGGAGAAAGCUUUGAUCUCGGUUGUUCUGGAGUUGAGAGAUGACGUGACAUCGGAGAAAAUUUCCAACAUCACAUGGAGGGGUCACACGUGGACUGUAACAGCUGAACUAGGAAUGCCAGACCUCUACAAUGGAUCUCUUGUUGGCAUAACUACCACAACCUUUGACACAAACUCCGCUGAAGCAAGCUUCUAUUCUCUGAAUUUGACCAGUGUUGGGGUAUAUGUGGUCAAGUUCACAAUCGUCUCCAACCCUGCAGACUACAGUCUGACGUACGAGGAGCUGAUAACGGUGAAGGCCCAGAGCCACAUAAACCUGGUGAUAGAGGACACAAAAGAGGUGGUGGUCAAAUUCAAUGAGGAUUACGACUCCAUUGUGGGCACCACCUACAACAAAUAUUUCUCCGCCAUGAUGGGUAAUGCCCUGGCCGUGACCUAUCCGGACAUCAUACUGAACACCAUUGCCGUUUCUAAAGGCAGCAUCAUUGUGACUUUCCAAAUCAGUGGUACCAACUCUUCAGUCAACACCACAGUGUAUGCUGUGUGCAACUCCAUCCAGAGCGGGCAGACAUAUUCCUUCAAUGGAACUUCUCUCUCAUUGGCUGGGUACUUGACAGUAGGUGGGACUGUGUAUUACGGAGUCACAUGUGGAGAUAUGACACCCUCACCAACAAGCGACUCCACGAACAUAGUCCUGAUUGUGGCGGUGGUUUUGGUGGUGACUGCGGUUAUCAUCGUGGUAGUCAGCAUCGUAAUGUGGAAGUGUAAGGUGGUGCCGAAAACCAAGACCCACGACUACUAUAACAACAAAUACCUGGGCAACACCAACGAUAUUGAUGAGAUUCUCUUCAGGGAACAGUCCUUUAUGAGCAUCAGUGCUCCCAUGGCAACCAACAUCCACUAUAACAAGAAACAGCCACUCUGAACAUUUGUAUUUACUAGUAGCAUCUGUGAUAUUCUUUGCAUAUCUCUAUUUACAUAAUUUAUUUAUUACUUUCAAAGUCCUUGCUAUCUGCAAUAUUUUUUUUUUUUUGUUCAUCAAAAUUUUUUCAUUCUUGACUUUUACUUUUGGGCUUGACAAAAAGUUAUAUAUUUUUUACUCUGUAUGAUUUUUUUUUGGAACAAUUUGUUUUUUAAAAAAAUUAUAUCCAUGUACUGUAUAACACUUCCCUUUUUUUCAAGUUUAUUUUAACUGUGAUAAUUUACAUUCUUUUGCUGUGAUGGACAUUUUUUUUUGUUCUAGAUAUGCAAUCCCUCCAUUGUUUAAAGAUUUUGAUGUUUACUUUUUUUAUUUUUAUACCCUGUAGAUUUAUUUUUCACUGUUAAAAAGUCACUCUUUAAUAGAUAUUUCCUGUUGUCUGUUUUGAUAUAUAAAUAAAUUUUCACACAGUUAUA